CGGCUCGCCUUUAGCCGAGAGAUUUCCAAAAUUUAUAUCGUCCGUCGUCGAGUAUCGAGAGUUUUGAAAGUUGGUUUUGACGGUGGACGAAUCGCGGUUGGCGGUGCGCGAUCAGUUCGACUAUAAUUUGGCGUCACCGGGUUCGACGGAACGUGGCGAGAUCGGAACUCCCUGCGAAGUGGGUUGGACCAGAAUAUUAUUCACUUGACCCAACGCUAAAGGAACUUGGCAAACUCGCCCUUUUCGGGGGUUGAGCUGCGAUCGAGGGGAGAGCAUGCGACAGAAAUCAAGGUCCUCGUUUCAGCGCUCCUCUACCCAGGUGCGGAAGAUACGGUCAGUUCCGGACCGCGGUCACAGAGAAACGAAGGGUGAGGGAAGGGCUACAUCUAGGAACUUUUUCCGGAACGAGGGCAAUUUGUCAAGUUGGAAAUUAGUCAAAAGAGUUUGAAAUAUUGGACACCACUAAGACUCCGACCGCCCUGUCGGCGAGAUCGCUGGCAUUUUCGGGUACCCGGUUUUAUCUAUAAUACGAGGAGGAGGAUGAACGACCCGAGAACACCCGCUUGGUCCUCGAAGAAUCUUAGCGGAAUGGAGACAAAUAACACGUGAUGAUCGCCCCGCUCUCUGACAAGAUUAAUCUCAGCCCAUCCGUCCGUUCGCGCUCGCGUAUAACGUUGAUGUCGCAGGAACACCUGAACCGCGAAAAUAAAGGAGCGCGCUCGGAUACGGCGCGGAAAAUUUGCACACGUGUGCCGAUAACUUUGUAUGAAAAAAUCGACGUAUACGCCGCAGUGUAACAAUCGUCUAGUUCCUUAAAAUAAAACCCAUUAAAACCAUACGACUCGAUAUGAGAACAAUUAAAGUCGCCCUAAAACGUUCGAAGUACGGAAUAUCGUCGGCAAGGUGCUUCGCAGCGAGUGCCUGGACAAAUCUGCAGGUCGCAACGCGGAGAACUCUGGGACCCCCGGUGUCUGAGGAUUAUUCGGUAAUAUUCUGCUCAACGGCAGAGACGAGGACCCGCUGCGCGACGGGAUCGUAGUGCGUCAAGAUGUUGGACAUAUUUCGCGGUCUGAAGAACCUCAUCAAAGUUUCCCACAUCCACAUCGACUCGGCGGUAUUCAGACUCCACUACAGCAUCACUGUCAUGCUGCUCGUCGCCUUCUCCCUGAUCGUUACGACCCGGCAGUACGUAGGCAAUCCGAUAGACUGUAUUCACAGCAAGGACCUGCCCGAGGAUGUCCUGAAUACCUACUGCUGGAUUCACAGCACCUACACGAUAACAGCGGCCUACAAGAAGAAGGAGGGCUCGGAGGUUCCAUUUCCCGGGGUCGACAACUCCAAGGCCCAUCCGGAGAGUGAGAAGAAGGUCUACAGGUACUAUCAGUGGGUCUGCUUCAUGCUCUUCCUCCAGGCAAUUCUGUUCUACACACCGCGAUGGUUGUGGAAAGGAUGGGAAGGUGGGAAGAUCCACGCGCUUAUGAUGGAUCUGGAUAUUGGCAUCUGCUCAGAAGUCGAAAAGAAACAAAAGAAGAAGCUGCUACUAGAUUAUUUGUGGGAAAACCUGAAGUACCACAACUGGUGGGCGUAUAGGUACUACCUCUGUGAGGUUUUGGCCCUCAUUAACGUCAUUGGUCAAAUGUUUCUAAUGAACCGGUUCUUCGACGGAGCAUUCCUGACGUUUGGUAUUGACGUUCUGAGGUUCCUCGAAUCUGACCAAGAGGACCGAGUCGAUCCGAUGAUCUUCGUUUUUCCGCGGAUGACCAAGUGUACUUUUUACAAGUACGGAGUUGGCGGAGAGGUGGAGAAACACGACGCAGUCUGCAUACUGCCUUUGAACGUAGUAAACGAGAAGAUUUAUGUCUUCCUCUGGUUUUGGUUCCUACUUCUCGGUGCUCUAAGCUUCAUGACCGUCGUGUACAGGAUCGUGAUAAUAUUCUCACCACGAAUGAGGGUCUACCUGUUGAGACUGAGAUUUCGCCUAGUCCGAAGAGAAGCUGUGGAGACGAUAGUCAGACGGAGUAAAAUGGGAGACUGGUUCCUCCUCUACAUGCUGGGAGAGAAUCUGGACACAGUGAUAUACAGGGACGUGAUGCACGACCUGGCCAACAAGUUGGCAUCGAGGCAUCAUCACAGCGUCCCCGGCAUUAAAGGCGAGCUCCAGGAGGCGUAGCCAAAAACCCACGCCAUCAACAUCGAUUUGUGUCUUCCCCAUCGAUCUCCAGCCGAGAGCAUCUCAACCAACCAAAGGAGUUUCAUUAUUUAUUUGCAUCUUAUACCAACUUCGUAUACCAGGCUACGCAUCAAAAUGAUCUGCCUAUGGGUAGGGACGUGUGUAAGAAUACGCCUGUCGUUACGAGAUUUUGGUAAUAAUCAUGCAAGAUAGUCGAUAUGGGCUUAAUUGUGUAUUAUAAUUAUUAUAGUAACAGGCACUUUAGUACUAUACAUGAUUAUCAUUAUUAUUGUUAUUAUCAUCGGCGGUGUCGCCAAUGCUAGAUCGAUAAAUUUUAUUGUUAUCUUUAUUCUCAUUAUUUUUAUUUUAUUUCUUCAUUGUUAUUGAGGUAUCGCUAAUAUUACCAUUAUUAUUAUUACAAUUAUUAUUAUUAUCGUUAUUUAUAUCGAGUUUUUAAACUUGAAAAAGACGCGUUUUGUACGAGUGAUAGGUGGUAGUUAUAGUAAUAAUUACAGAGAGUGAAAAAAUUAACGAGAUGAAAAUGAAAAAUAAAAAUAUAAUCGAGGGGUGUGUGCUCGUAAAGCGCAUCGCUAUACCUCGAUCAAGAAGUGAAGAUUUAUUUAAUGAAUAAAUCAAAUUUUAUUUAAUAAUAAUAAUAAUAAUAAUAAUAAUAUCUAUAUAGUUGAAAAAAGACAACUGCCACUAUUGCGCGUGAUUCGAAGAGUGUAUAGGGAUAUUAACCUAUUUUUAAAUGGUACGGAGGACCAAGGUAAAUUUCGAUAAACAUUCUUGCCUUUCGCGUUAAAGUUGCAGAUUAAGGCUUCUCGAACAAACCAUAUUUCCGUUCAAUAAAUUCAGUGUAGGAGGUUUGUGCAGACAAUUAGUUGCAGUACUUGCAACAAGUUUGUCGUGAUUUAAAACCGGUCUGUUCAUAAAACCUACUUAUGCGUACAUAAACAACACAUGAAUACAUCAAAUACAGUUAUACAUAUAUGUGGUGAAAAUUUUUACGUAUAACGGAAAAUGUUGAAACAAAAUGAAAAAAGAACAGAAGUGAUGCAGUGAUAUA